GUUAAAAUUUUCCCUCGUUGCACACACAGUUACACAAUUUCAUUAAACUUCCUUCUCCUUCCUCGAAACCUCACCGCCAUCCUUUCCCUUCUCUCUCAAUUUUUGGCGGCCAAACACCCAGAUCGGAGAAUAGAAGUGAUUUUCGAGCUCCCCAUCGCGUAGCCUUCCCUUUGAACCGAUUAAUUUUGCGUCCGGAGAACCAUCACGUCACUGCUUUUUUCAGGUCGCCGCUCUUAUUGAUCAUGGAGCUAUCAAAGACAUUUAGAUUCCAAUCACAGAACCUCACAUCCUUCAUACCUUUCUCUCCUAUAAACAACCCUUUGAAGAAUCAACUAUCCUUUCCAACAAAACUCAUCAAUAAUAAAUCUAAGACAACCAAACUAACAAUAACAGCAAGUAGAAAAGCACCCAUUGAAGGGGUAAGCGAAGAGUUGAACGAUAUAGCUUCUUAUAAUCUUGACUUUGCAUAUACUCGAAGAAGGGUUCGUUCUGCUUUCACUGAGGUUCAACAACAGCUUGAUCAUUGCUUGUUUAAGGAUGCUCCUGCGGGAAUCAGAACAGAAGAAUGGUAUGAAAGGAAUUCGAGGGGAUUGGAAAUUUUCUGUAAAAGCUGGAUGCCAGAGCCUGGAAUUCCAAUUAAGGCUUCUUUGUGUUUUUGUCAUGGAUAUGGUGAUACUUGCACCUUCUUCUUUGAAGGCAUAGCAAGGAGAAUUGCUGCAUCUGGGUAUGCUGUUUUUGCUAUGGACUAUCCUGGUUUUGGACUUUCAGAAGGAUUGCAUGGUUACAUUCCAAAUUUUGAUGAUCUAGUUGAUGAUGUUAUAGAGCAUUAUACACAAAUAAAAGCAAGACCUGAUAUGAGAGAAUUACCGCGAUUUUUGUUGGGGCAGUCAAUGGGAGGGGCAGUUUCGCUCAAAGUUCAUUUGAAGGAGCCAGAUAAUUGGGAUGGAGUGAUACUUGUAGCACCAAUGUGUAAAAUUGCAGAUGAUGUGUUACCACCGGACGCAGUUAUGAAGGUGUUAACUCUUUUAUCAAAAGUUAUGCCAAAAGCAAAACUCUUCCCAAACAAAGACCUAGCGGAACUCGCAAUUAGAGAUCCGAGCAAAAGAAAAUUGGCUGUUUACAAUGUUAUUUGUUAUGAGGAUCGACCACGGUUGAGAACUGGCAUGGAACUUUUAAGGGUCACAAAACAGAUUGAGUCGCAAGUUGAGCAGGUGUCAGCACCAUUAUUGAUUCUUCAUGGAGAAGCAGAUAAGGUGACAGAUCCAUUAGUUAGUCAAUUUCUUUAUGAAAAUGCUUCUAGCAAGGAUAAGACUUUAAAGCUCUAUGAAAAUGGUUACCACUGCAUUUUGGAAGGGGAACCUGAUGACAGAAUAAAUACUAUACAUGAUGACAUUGUCUCAUGGCUUGAUUUUAGGUGUUCAAUUAAUUGAUGUUUUUUGUCCAUGGAAUAUUUCUUUCAUCUUUCUAUGUCAUUAGAGUCAAAUAAUACAUUAUGUUUCAACCGUUAAAAUCCUAACUAUAUAGUAUUGUGUGAUUCAAUUUCUGCCAUAAAAUAUGUCUACCUUAGUGUGAUGGGUGCACAUAACAAUAACAAUUUUCUCA